AUGGUCGUCGUCAAGGGAGGUCCCUCCAAAAACAACACAAAGUCCACCGGCAUUAAGCGUGUCAAGGGCGAGAACUUCUACCGCGACGCCAAGAAGGCCAAGGUCGUCAAGCUCCUCUCCAAGGAAGGCAUCGCUUCCAAAGCGAUCCGCGACAAGAGCGGAAAGAUCAUCCAGGCUGCCGAGUUCCAGAGCAGCGAAGCAAAGCCCGGUCGUGUCCAGCCCGACAAGCGAUGGUUUGGUAACACCCGCGUCAUCUCGCAAGAUGCGCUCGACCACUUCCGCACCUCGCUCGGCUCGCGCGUCAACGAUCCGUACUCGGUUCUAUUGAGAAGGAACAAGCUUCCCAUGUCGCUGAUCCAGGAUCCCGGCAAGGGCAAGGCUCCCUCGCUCACCACUCUCGAACCCUACUCGGACACAUUUGGUCCAGGCGCGCAGCGAAAGCGUCCCCGCCUCGAUGGUGGCAUGAGCUCCUUCGAGGAACUUGCUACGAGCAGUGAGCAGGCUGGCAUCGCCGCCGAAGAGAAGCAAGCAGCUCUGGAGGCCAAAGCCGCCGGUGUCGGUCUCGUCCCCUCCGACUACGAAGUCGGCUCCAGCGCUGAGCGCUCCGCCAAUGGCUUCACGGCUGACGCAGACGAGCUCUACGAGAUCCCCGUCACUCGUGGCCGGUCCGAGCCCAUCUACAGCAAGGGUCAGUCUCGACGUAUCUGGGGUGAGCUCUACAAGGUCAUCGACUCUUCCGACGUCAUCAUCCACGUUCUCGAUGCUCGCGACCCUCUCGGAACCCGAUGCCGCAGCGUCGAGAAGCACAUUCGCGACGAUAAGCCGCACAAGCACCUCGUCUUCCUCCUCAACAAGGUCGAUCUUGUCCCGACCUGGGUAACUGCUCGUUGGGUCAAGAUCCUUUCCAAAGAGUACCCGACCAUCGCAUUCCACGCCUCGAUCAACAACUCGUUCGGAAAAGGUUCGCUGAUCCAGCUGCUGCGCCAGUUCAGCGUGCUGCACUCGGAUAAGAAGCAGAUCAGCGUCGGUUUCGUCGGAUACCCCAACACGGGCAAGAGUUCGAUCAUCAACACGCUCAAGAAGAAGAAGGUGUGCAACGUCGCGCCUAUCCCAGGCGAGACUAAGGUGUGGCAGUACAUCUCGCUCAUGCGUCGCAUCUAUCUCAUCGACUGCCCCGGUAUCGUGCCCGUUUCGGCGCACGACUCGGAGACGGGCACGGUGCUCAAAGGUGUUGUGCGUGUCGAGAACCUCGAGACGCCUGCCGAGCACAUUCCGGCGUUGCUGUCACGUGUCAAGCCGGAGUACAUCCGUCGCACGUACAACUUGGAGAAGUGGUCCAAUUCGGAAGAAUUCCUCGGCCAGAUCGCUAAGAGGAUGGGCAAGCUGCUCAAGGGCGGGGAGCCGGAUCUGGAGACAGUGGCCAAGAUGGUGCUGAACGAUUGGAUUCGCGGUAAGAUUCCGUUCUUUGUUGCGCCUGCUUCGCCGGAUGAGGGCAAGAAUGGAAAGGGCAAGGCUAAAGCAACGGCUGAAGAGGUCGAGGCUGCCGAGACGAGCGAGGUAGCAGCAGCAGAUGCCGAACUCGACGCUGCCACCGACAGGCUGCUCAAGAGGAAGAAGGUCAAGGGUGUCGAGCAGCCGCUCAAGCAGAUUGCCGUGGCCACCAAGUUUACGCGCGAGGACAUUGAGGCGGGUCGACCCGAAGACUAUGUCAUGGAGCGCGACGAGGACGAGCCGGUGCCCGAGGUGGCCGUGGACGAAGACGCCACUUUCGCCAGCGACGAUGAUGUUGCCGAGGACGACGAGGAUGAUGAAGAGGAGGAUGGAGACGCGCUCGAAGACUUGAACUGGGACGACGUGUUCCAGGGCGGUUCGGACGCAGAAGAGGAGGACGUCGACGAGGUCGACGCCGACUCCACCGCCAAGUCUUCGCCUGGCAAACACGCUGCUCCUGCCGCCGACGAUGAGGACGAAGAAGAUGACCCGCGUCGCAAGCAGAAGAAGGGUGCGCGCAUGACCACCUCUAAACGCAAGGCCGAGAACUACUAUACAAAUGCCAACGUCAAGAACAAGAGCCGUCGUGGCAAGCCCGACGCCGCCGAACCCAAGUCGAAAGAACGUGGGCCCAAGGUUGGCGCCAACGGAAAGGGUGCGCCUCAGCAGCGUCGUCGCAAGUAG